CACCUUCUUCAUCCGCUCCUAGAACAAUAUGUAUAUAUAUAUUCUUUAGGUGCUAUUAUGAUAUUAUAAGUUCUGUAACCAUGGCAAAGCUCAUACCUACAGUAGCUCUCAUUAGCGUUCUCUUGGUCAUUAUUGCCAAUGCAUCUUUUGCCUACACAACCGCCACCACAACUGUUGAGGUCGAUGAUACCAAUCCAAGUAGGACGGGAAUAUGGUCGCCUUCAGAAAAUUGCCGCCAGGAACUUGAGGGGAAGGAUUUGAGCGCCUGUCUGAUGUACGUAGCGGCAAGUUCGAGGACAUCAACGGACAAAAAUGUGUUGGAGAUGCCCGGAGAGAAAAACCAGCAGGAGAGACAGCAGCUCCGGGAGUGUUGCAAAGAAGUACAGCCAGUAAGAGAAGAUUGCCAAUGUGAGGCAAUCCAGGCUAUAAUCGCAGAGUGGCUUGACCGUGCACGUCAGACGCAAAUGGGAGAUUACCAGAGAGUGCUUGUAAGGACAGGUAGGAUAUCAUUUUCCUGCGAUCUGCGGGCGCAGUGCCUAGCCCAAACAUUCUUGUUCUGAAUGCCUGUCAGGGCAGGUACUGUACGUAUCAAUGUGGCAGUCCAGUAAAUAAAGUUCAUUGCGCAAUGUGUUUAUUUUCAACAAAAAGUAGAUUUUUGGUAGUAUGUUAUCUUCUGGUGUUCUGUAAUGAAAUGAAGUAAAAUUCCAGUA